UAGAUUGCUCCUGUCAAGUGGAAGUUAGCAGUGCUCCCUCGGUAAGCACACGUCUGAUUUAUCAUGCGAAGACACGAGUGCGACUGGCCUGGGCACGGAGGUCCGACGGCAUCUUCGAUUAAUGGAAUUUCCGCCUUGUGACUUUUCUGUUGCAGACCAUCGAGGAACAGAGCGUGAGUGGCUGUGGCCUGAAGUUGGGCCUCGGGAGAACAGUCCGUGCCUGUGUCUGAGGCAUCCUGCGUGGCCACUGCCAGAAAGCAGCCUCCUUGAGAGCAGCAGAGCAGCAGGCUGUGUGCGCUAUGGCUGCUGAAGUGCAUUUCUCGCCACCUGAGAUCCCUGAGCCCACGCUAAUGGAGAACGUGCUGCGCUACGGACUCUUCUUUGGAGCCGUUUUCCAGCUUCUCUGCGUGUUGGCCAUAAUCCUGCCAGUUUCCAAGUCCCCAAAGACAGUAAGUAGCGCUCUGUUUGAGAGAGAUUGAUAGAAAUGCUGAGAA